GCUGCUGCGUUACGAGUAUUUCGAGGGCACCUUAUCGAUUGUGGUGCAGCAUUCUCUGGAGUCAGUGUGACGCCAUCUUCAGCGGUGUGUGACUGCACGACGACGCCGGCAGCGGGGCUGUCAACAACGCAGGCGCUGCUCGUGGAGACGGGGGCUACGGCGAUGCUUAUACUCCUGUGCCACGGCUCGUGGGACGCGCGCAACUGCCACAACUCGGACUCCACGCCGCUCAAGUUCGGCUCCUACAUCACCGGCAUCUCCAUCGCCGCGGGUCCUUUCACUGGAGCCAGCAUGAACCCCGCCAGGACACUCGCCCCAGCGCUCUGGAAGGGUGUUUGGGAAUGCCACUGGGUGUACUGGGCUGGUCCUUUAGGAGGCUCCGUCCUGGCUACUGUGAUGUACAUGUCGGUGUUCACAGAGAAGACAACUAGAUCAGCUGCCACAGAAGACAACAGCUCUGUAGACAAGUUCAGAGCAGACGUCGACGGCGUGGAGAACAUAGAAAAGUUCCCGUUCAGCCAGCUGCCAGAGAACUGUCCUCAGUGUCAUCCAAUGCAUUCCCGGCCAGAGAUUUACAAACAGGCUCUGCCUUGA